CCCCAUCUCCCUGCAAUCAUUUCCUUUACUCUUCCUUGUAUUUUCUUUCUCUUUUCUUCAUUUCUCCUUCUUACCCUGUUGCUGGCUUUUCUUUAACCGGUUCACUUUUUAUGUUUAAUUAAUACCUAUGGCAAAACACGAUUCUGUUUUCAUCAAGAGCCCAUCUUUGUUUUUCUUGAUAUUACUGCUUUUUGAAGCAAAUCAUAUUGAAGGAGCCGGUCGGUUGAACCAGUGGGAGUCUGGAAUCCGGCUGCCAACAGACAAAGAUAAUGAGCCGGAGGAACUAGAUGAGCAGCAAGUUGGAACAAGAUGGGCAGUUCUUGUUGCUGGUUCAUCUGGGUACGGUAAUUACAGGCAUCAGGCAGAUGUAUGCCAUGCCUAUCAGCUGUUAAGGAAAGGAGGAUUGAAGGAAGAGAACAUAGUGGUGUUUAUGUACGAUGACAUAGCCAUGCAUGAGCUGAAUCCCAGACCCGGAGUUAUCAUCAACCAUCCUCAAGGGGAUGAUGUUUAUGCUGGCGUGCCUAAGGAUUACACGGGUGAGCAUGUAACUGCUGCAAAUUUGUAUGCAGUACUUCUUGGUGACAAAGAUGCACUGAGUGGUGGAAGUGGAAAGGUUAUUGAUAGCAAACCCAAUGACAGAAUAUUCAUGUACUACUCGGAUCAUGGAGGCCCUGGAGUUCUGGGGAUGCCAAAUAUGCCAUUCCUGUAUGCUAUGGAUUUUCUUGAUGUCUUGAAGAAGAAACAUGCUGCAGGAACUUACAAAGAGAUGGUUUUAUAUGUAGAAGCUUGUGAAAGUGGGAGUAUCUUUGAAGGCAUAAUGCCCAAAUAUCUUGACAUUUAUGUAACAACGGCAUCGAAUGCUCAAGAGAGUAGCUGGGGAACUUAUUGUCCUGGGAUGGAACCUCCUCCACCUCCAGAGUUUAUCACUUGUUUAGGAGAUCUGUAUAGUGUGGCUUGGAUGGAAGACAGUGAAACUCACAAUCUUAAGAGAGAAACUGUAGAGCAACAGUAUGAAUCAGUAAAGGAAAGGACUUCCAAUUUCAAUGCUGACGCAUUUGGUGGAUCGCAUGUGAUGGAGUAUGGGAACACGAGCAUUAAACCGGAAAAGCUUUAUUUAUAUCAAGGUUUUGAUCCUGCCACCGUAAACCUUCCUCCAAAUGAGCUGGGCCCCAACACCCCCACGGAAGCAGUUAAUCAAAGAGAUGCAGAUAUUCUCUUUUUAUGGCAUAUGUACAAAAAUUCUGAAGAUGGAUUAAAGAAGACUGAAAUACUCAAACAGAUAACCGAGACAAAAAGGCAUAGAAUCCACUUGGAUGGCAGCAUUGAUUUGAUUGGAACACUUUUAUAUGGACCAGCAAAAGGCUCUGCCAUUCUCAAAUCUGUAAGGGAAACUGGUUUGCCCCUUGUUGAUGACUGGCAAUGCUUGAAAUCCGUGGUCCGCUUGUUCGAAACGCACUGUGGGUCAUUGACACAAUACGGCAUGAAACACAUGCGUGCGUUCGCCAACAUUUGCAAUAGUGGUGUUUCCCAAGCCUUAAUGGAGGAAGCUUGUACUGCUGCAUGCAACGGCCAUGGUCCGAUUCAAUGGUAUCCGUCAAAUCAAGGCUAUAGUGCUUGAUUGCAUUUACUACCAUUACAUUUGAAUCUUUCCAAAGCUAGUCAUAUAUGUUUGUUUCUUUCUGCCAGUCGCAUCUCUAUCCUGCAUACUUAUAGGAUUGUAAAUGCAUAGCAGUUUUUUGUAUAUUAAGCUUAUGCAUAAAUAGUUUUUAAGGUAAACGGAUGGAAGUGGCGUCUUCAACAUUGCAAGUAAUAUUUGCAUGCACAUUAAAUUCAAAAUAAUAGUAAUGCUAGUAGUUAUUUUAAUUGCACAAA